AUGAUCAGUGCAAUCAUAUGGAAUAUUAGAGGCGUGAGAUCUAAAAAGGCCAUUCAAAGACUCAAAAGACUUGUUUACAAGAAUAAAGUUGAUAUGGUGGCUAUUUCUGAACCUAUGGUCAAUAUGAACAAAGUAGAAGGUUACAAAAGAUUUUUGGGUUUUGAUCACUGCACAACCAAUGUUACUGGUAAGUUGUGGUGUUUUGGGAGGGAUAACUGCAUCGUAUCCCUCAUUCAAAAUCAUGAACAACAUAUUACUAUGAAGAUUAGAAAGAAUCAGAAUAGUGAAAACUUUUAUGUUACUGUUGUACAUGCUAAAUGUACCAAAGUCGAGAGAAAAGAGCUUUGGAAUAGCUUAGAAAACCUGAAUAAGAUCAUUACUAUGCCAUGGUGUAUAGGUGGCAACUUUAAUGUCAUACUGCAUCCUGAAGAAAAACUGGGAGGACUUCCUCAUAGAAACUCCAAAAGUUUUGAUUUCAUGGAGUGCAUGGACUCUUGUGGCAUGACGGACAUUGGUUAUACUGGGUCUAAAUACACUUGGUGUAACAAUUGGAGUCCUUGCAAGAGGAUUUGGAAGAGAUUGGAUAGUGUCUUUAUAAAUGAUUUGUGGGCUCAAAAAUAUUCCAACAAUAUUGUGAAGCACAUGGCCAGGACCGGGUCUGACCACAGACCAAUACUACUGAAGUGUAAUAAUGAACUAAACAAUGGUUACAAGUACUUCAAAUUCUUGGACUUUUGGAUCACCCACAGUGAUUUUAAAAACGUGGUUUCGACUGAGUGGAGCAACAAGCAAGACUCUUUACUGAAACAAAAGGCAAGAACCAGGUGGUUUGAAGAGGGUGAUUCUAACAACAAAUAUUUUCAUUCUGUCAUUGGAGAAAGAAGAAGAAGGCUAUGCAUUCAAAGAAUCAAAAACAAGAAAGGUAAAUGGAUAUCUGGUGAUGAGAAGAUUGGGAAGGCUGCUGUCAAACAUUAUGAGCAUAUGUUUAAUCUUACUCCGAGCAUAGUUGAUCCCAACAUCCUGGAGGUUGUUCCAGAAUGCAUUACGUAUGAGGAUAAUAUCAACAUCUCAAAAUGUCCUCAAGAGGAUGAAAUUAGAGAAGCUGUUUUCGACAUGAAUCCUGAUAGCACAGCAGGACCAGAUGGAUUUUCAGGUAGACUUAUUACUGAGAACAUUCUGUUGACACAAGAAAUUGUCCAAAGUAUUAAGUCUAAAAACAAAGGGGGUAAUGUGGUUAUCAAAUUAGAUAUGGAUAAAGCUUAUGAUCGAAUAUCUUGGUCUUUUAUUGUCUCUGUUUUGAAUAAAUUUGGUUUCAGUAUGGACGUCAUCAAUCUUUUUAUGGGUACUAUCAGUAAUGUUUGGUAUUCGAUUAUUCUGAAUGGAACUAGAAAGGGUUUCUUUACUUCCACUCAAGGUUUCAAGCAAGGUGACCCUUUGUCCCCUUCUCUAUUUAUCAUCGCCGCAGAAGUGUUAUCUAGAUUACUUAAUAACCUUAUUCACAGUGAACAUUUCUUACCAUUUUCAAUGCCUGUUAGAGGACCAGUCAUCAAUCAUCUCUCAUAUGCCGAUGAUAUCGUCAUCUUCACUAGUGGAAAUACCAAAUCCAUCAGAAUGAUCAUGAAGCAGAUACACAGGUAUGGAGAUCGAAGGCCACAAGAAUGUCUAUGCUGUAAUAAUCCACAACCUGAAACCAUCAAGCAUGUUUUCAUUGUCAGUGAACCAGCACGCUACUUAUGGAAAGCUUUUGGACAUCCUAUGGGUAUCAAAUACCAAAGCAAACCAGUAAGAAGCUUCUUAAAUGAUUGGUGGGGAAACAAUGGAAGAAAUGCAAUUCAGAGAAUGAUGAUCCAG